UGCAAGAUGCAACCCGAAGCCACGAAACAGGGACGAUCUAAGACCGAACCGGCUCUGAGUCACCCAGAUGGCGUGUGUUGGCUUCAAACCGGGUAGAGUGUCGAACGGUUCAAGCUCGGUGCGUCUCGGUGAUGGAUCGGCGAUGCGUCGGCCUCGCUGCGUGCCUGAACUAUACGAAUCCAACAUCCAAAGAUAUAAAUCAACUCCUUUCCUAUACAUAAUCUGCUUGUCUCUCUUACAAUAGCACACAGAAAGGCAUCUCAAGUCCACAGUCUACCAAAGCUCCAGCCAUCUCAUUCCAUACAACCAUGGCACCACCUAUGUCCGAGCCCCAACGGGCUAUGAGCAAUGCAUCAGAACAACCACAUCUUCUUCGCACAGAAACUCGAGAGUCCUUAACAAACCGCGGAAUCUCGCCCAGCCCUCCGCCAGUCGACUACAACUAUCCAGACGUCGGUCGGCCUGCCGACCCUGUGUUCCCGGAGGAAUAUACCAUCGAGACCAGCACCGGCCUCGUUCCCAAACGCACGCUCGAACAGAUCCGCUCGCGUCAAGACCGGCAACCGUCGUCGAGCUCCUCCUCCUCGGACCUCGAAAAGGGCGAUGACCAGCCUACCGAGUUUGUCACCUUCACCAUCAACGAUCCCGAGAACCCUUACAACUGGUCCCGUGCCUAUCGCUGGUACGUCACCAUGGUCGCCUCCCUCCUCGUGGUCUGCGUCGCCUACGGUUCCGCAAUCGUAACGGGCGGUCUGGGCCUUAUUGAAGAGAAGUACCACGUCUCUCUCGAAGUGGCCACCCUUACCUGCAGUAUCAUGGUCUGCGGCUUCGCUGUCGGUCCCCUUCUCUGGUCCCCCCUAUCGGAGAUUAUCGGCCGGCGGCCGGUCUACAUUAUUUCCCUGGUGCUGUACACGAUCUUCAACAUCCCUUGCGCCCUGUCGCCCAACAUCGGCGGACUGCUGGCAUGCCGCUUCCUCUGCGGUGUCUUCUCCAGCUCCGGCCUCUCGCUUGCGGGCGGCACCAUCGCGGACAUCUGGUCCAUCGAGGAGCGGGGCAUGGCGAUCGCCUUCUUCGCGGCAGCCCCGUACUGCGGCCCCGUGAUCGGGCCCAUCGUCUGCGGCUGGAUCACGGUGGGCUCAGGCCGGCUGGAUCUCUUCUUCUGGACCAAUCUGGCCUUCGCCGGGGCCGUGGGCAUCCUCGUCGGCCUCGUCCCGGAGACGUAUGCGCCCGUGAUCCUCAAGCGGCGCGCGGCGCGCCUCCGCUCCGAGACGGGCAAUCCGCACAUCAUCACGGAGCAGGAGCAGCACAAGCCUUCCCUCAAGGAGAUCGUGCGCACCUCGCUGAUCCGCCCGAUUACCAUGAUCCUCACCGAGCCCGUGCUCGACCUGAUGUGCAUGUACAUCGUGCUGAUCUACUCCAUGCUGUACGCCUUCUUCUUCGCCUACCCGGUCAUCUUCGGCAAGCUGUACGGCUACAACGACGGCCAGAUCGGGCUGAUGUUCAUCCCGAUUCUCAUCGGUGCCGGCUUCUCGCUGAUCUUCACGCCGCUGCUCGAGAAGCAAUUCCACCAGAUCUGCAGCCGCCGUGCCCCGACCCCGGAGGACCGACUCAUCGGCGCCCUCAUCGGCGCGCCCUUCGUCCCCAUCGCGCUGUUCAUCCUCGGCGCCACCUCCUACAAGGGCAUCAUCUGGGUGGGGCCCGCCUCCUCCGGGAUUGCCUUCGGGUUCGGCAUGGUGCUCUGCUACUAUGCCGUGAACAACUACAUCAUCGACAGCUACCAGAAGUAUGCGGCGUCUGCGCUGGCGGCCAAGGUCUUCCUGCGGUCUGGCGGCGGUGCGGCGUUCCCGCUGUUCAUCACGCAGAUGUACGAUCGUCUGGGGCUGCAGUGGGCGUCGUGGCUGUUGGCGUUCAUUGGGGUGGGGAUGGUGUUUAUCCCUUACGUCUUCUACUGGUUUGGGGCGAGGUUGAGAGCCAAGCUCAAUAAGAACUAGAGGGGAGAAAAGUGGGAGUUGUGUUCGCAGGAGAUAUGAUUAUAGAGUGAGAAUCUGCGGUCGUUUGGUGGGGAUUAUAGAUAAUGUACAGGCUUAAUGAUGUUAAUGGUAGUUAUGAUAAUAGAUAGAGAUUCAAAUGCAUGGUUUAUUGGUUAAGACGCUUUUUUCUUCCAAAUGAUCUCUGUCAUCUUAUGUGCAGUAUCAACGGCGAAACAAUGAACUGAGGAUUGAUACUUAGGCAGGCAGGUUGUUCCGGGGUAAUGGCUGGCACGUGGGGCAAGAUAUCCAUCACGAAUGGCUGUUUCAGUCCAUGAAGUGUGUAAUCACCAAACCUAAUUUUUUACUAUGGCUUGGAUGAGGCCGGAGGUCAUCAUCUCAACUAUGAAUCCUGGGUUGGUACUGUAGUGCAAGGGCAGAUAAGCUAUGGGAUGAUAACAACGGUCUGGGCAAUGCAUGCUCGAGCGAUAAUGAGCUGAUUUCGUCACCGAAUGGUCA